UUUUUUUUGCCAAGCAUUUUUGUUUUCUUUUUGACUAUCGUGCUUCAAACAAAAUCCCUCAUCUCUCUCUGAUUCUCUCCCCUCAAAAGAAAAUUACACCAAAAAGAAAAAACCAUUCUUCUAAACGAUGUCGUCUUCGUCAUCUUCGUCGAGGAAACCCUCAUCCCUUUCACGGAGAUUUUCGAGAUCAUUAAGAUCAUCAGCCAAAACGGCGUCUUUAGCAACUGUCUCAACCAUGGCGAAUCUACCGGAGUCUUCUUCUCUUUCUUUAUCGUCGUCACCGCCUUCCACGGAGGAGGGAGGGGAAUCUUGGUCGACGAUGUUGCCGGAGUUGUUAGGUGAGAUCAUGGAGCGCGUGGAGGCGAAUGGAGAUCGAUGGCCUGAAAGGGAAAACGUAGUCUCAUGCGCGUGCGUAUGUAAGAAGUGGAGAGAAGUUACGAGAGAGAUCGUUAGGGCUUCGUCUCCUAGUAGCGGCAAAAUCACAUUUCCUUCUUGUCUUAAACAGCCUGGUCCCCGUGAUUUUCCAAACCAGUGUAUUAUAAAGCGGAGCAAGAAAAACUCAACAUUCUACCUUUAUCUUGCUCUUACGCCAUCAUUCACCGACGAGGGGAAGUUUCUGUUGGCAGCACGAAGAUAUCGAAAUGGUGCUCAUGUUGAGUAUAUUAUAUCCCUUGAUGCAAAUGACCUAUCCCAAGGGAGUAAUGCCUAUGUUGGGAAGUUAAGUUCGGAUUUUCUAGGCACCAACUUUACUAUCUAUGAUAGUCAGCCACCACACAGUGGUGCAAAGCCCUCAAGCAGCAGAGCAAGUCGCAGAUUUGCAAGCAAGCAAAUCAGCCCCCAAGUUCCAGCUGGCAAUUUUGAGGUUGGAAAAGUGUCUUACAAGUUCAAUCUCUUAAAAUCAAGAGGUCCUAGGAGGAUGGUUUGCUCAGUAAAAUGCCCUUUGCCAGAAAGGGCUGAUGACAAGCAUUUAGAUGACUCGAAGGUGAAAACGCCAGAGCAUGCUUCCUCUGGUCAUACAAUUUUGAGAAACAAAGCUCCAAGAUGGCAUGAACAUUUACAGUGCUGGUGCUUGAAUUUCCAUGGCCGGGUAACAGUAGCAUCUGUGAAAAACUUUCAGCUGGUUGCGACUAUGGACCAGAGCCAACCAGGAGGGAAAGGAGACGAGGAAAGGGUUCUCCUCCAGUUUGGGAAAGUAGGGGAUGAUACAUUCACCAUGGAUUAUAGGCAGCCCUUGUCAGCCUUUCUUGCUUUUGCCAUCUGUCUUACAAGCUUUGGUACAAAAUUGGCUUGCGAGUGAUCUUAUACUAUAUUAUAGUAACAAGUUGUGCUACUUGUUUAAUAUAAUGUUUUUUCUGCUUAUUGUCACUUUCAAAAGUUUUGGACAGCCUUGGCUUGAUGAGACAAAGCAAAUCAUGUACAUGUUCCUAUUGUAUCUAUAACAUUUUCUGAAAUUAUUGGCUGCAAGCACAUCUUACUGAGUUUAUGGUGUAUUUUUACAUCAACAAGCAUGAAGCAAGUCCCUUCAGCAGUUUCUUAUGUCUUCAGAUUUGAGAUCAGGAUUUGAGAAUUGAGUUGACAAAAAGCAUAUGAAUCCAUUCUGUUCUGUUCCUUUUUGUUUUUUUCCUCUUCGCCCUUUUUAAGGCAAAUAUAUGGUUUGUAAACAAGCUGAUAUCAGACGGGCUUUGCUUUCUUUGUGAUCAUUCAUUUU